CAGUUCGUCUUCACAACACGUUGGUUCUGAAACAUGGCGGACUCGCCGGACAGAGAUGAAGCCUGCAAUCCAGGAGUUUCUGCAGAAUCAAACGAGGAUGAUGUUAAAUUUACAAACGCGGAGGAGACAGAAGAGCCGACAAAGAGCUUCAGAGAGCUGGGGGUAACAGAGGUGCUGUGUGAGGCGUGUGAUCAGUUGGGAUGGAAAAGACCUACCAAGAUUCAGAUAGAGGCGAUUCCUGUCGCUCUACAGGGGAGAGAUGUGAUCGGUCUGGCUGAGACGGGUUCGGGGAAGACGGGAGCGUUCGCUCUGCCCAUCCUGCAGUCUCUGCUCUCGUCUCCUCAGCGUCUCCACACGCUCGUCCUGACGCCCACCAGAGAGCUCGCCUUCCAGAUCUCCGAGCAGUUCGAGGCUCUGGGAUCCAGCAUCGGGGUGAAGACGGCCGUCAUUGUUGGUGGAAUUGACAUGAUGUCACAGUCGCUGGUGCUGGCUAAGAAACCCCAUGUAGUGAUUGCUACUCCCGGUAGAUUAAUUGACCAUCUAGAGAACACAAAGGGAUUUAAUCUUCGAGCUCUGAAGUACCUGGUGAUGGAUGAAGCAGAUCGGAUCCUCAACAUGGACUUUGAGUCUGAGGUCGAUAAGAUUCUGAAGGUGAUUCCCAGAGAGAGACACACAUUCCUGUUUUCUGCCACCAUGACGAAAAAGGUCCAGAAAUUGCAGAGAGCUGCCUUAAAGGAUCCGGUGAAAUGCGCCGUUUCUACCAAAUACGCUACAGUGGACAAGCUGCAGCAAUAUUACAUAUUUAUCCCGGCUAAAUAUAAGGACUGCUACCUGGUCUCCAUACUGAAUGAAUUAGCUGGGAACUCGUUCAUGGUUUUCUGCAGUACGUGUAACAACACACAACGUGUGACGCUGUUACUGAGGAACCUGGGAAUCACUGCCAUCCCACUCCAUGGACAAAUGAGUCAGAAUAAACGUCUAGGUGCUCUGAAUAAGUUCAAGGCGAAGUCUCGCUCUGUGCUGCUGGCGACGGACGUGGCCUCUCGUGGUUUAGACAUUCCGCAUGUAGACUGCGUCAUCAACUUCGACAUCCCCACACACUCGAAGGACUACAUCCACCGGGUGGGCAGAACAGCCCGAGCAGGACGAUCCGGAAAAUCCAUCACAUUCGUUACCCAGUAUGAUGUGGAACUUUUCCAGCGUAUUGAAACUCUGAUCGGGAAGAAACUUCCUGCUUUCCCUACACAGGAAGAGGAAGUGAUGAUGCUAGUGGAACGAGUGAGCGAGGCGCAGAGAUUCGCUCGACUCGAGAUGAAGGAGCAGGGAGAAAAGAGGAAAAGGAAAGGAAGAGACGAAGAAGGUGAUGAUGCCGAACACUCAAGCGGUGUGCGAAAAAAAGUGAAAGGAGGAAAAUUUGCAGGGGGAAGGGGUGGCGGCUCCAGGAGAGGACGCUAGAUACACACUUCCUCAAAUGAAACUUCCUUGUAUAUAAUCCAUUAGUGAUACAUCAUUGUCUGUUUCUCAUUAAAUAAAUGUUGUUUCUUCAAA